AUGGGACCCCAGUUCAAUCCCUUCGGUUCGCCACAAACUGUGAUUGAAGACUCCGUCAAAGGGGAAACGGAUUAUCUGAACAGAAAUGAAACGCUAGAAAACUACCUGAGUCUGUAUGAUGAACCCAUGAAAGUGGGACUAAACAGAGUAAAGGAAGACAUCCAACUGAAGGAUCCUCCUGGUUCCAUGGAUUCCAUAAUAUUCAACGACAUGGAAAUGGGAGAAGAGAACUACAGUGUGCUAGACAAUGUAGAUGGGGAUUCCCUACGAAGUUUUCCUGAUUCCCGAGAUGACAGUUUUAGCAACACGGGUACCAACGAUACACCCUUCCAGGAGCGCAGCGGCGAAGACGCGAAGCGCACACCAGAAAUGGGACUUGUCCUGGAAGACAACUUCGAGGCCAGACGCAAUGACAGCCUUCUCCUGGUGCACAGUUUCAAGGAGGGCCAGAGUGGGCCACUGGAAGAAACUCUAGUCGGAUAUUUAGGAAGAGAAAAGGAGGAGGACUCUCCCAAAGCUGUCGAGGUUAAGUACCUUGGUGAUGAUGGCACGGUUAAUUACGUCGGGGAUGCAGUCGAGGUCAGGCAGGUUGGUCAGGUGGACGACCUUAAUAUCCUUUGCGAUGUCGAACCAUUUAUCCAUCAGAAGAGGAACGAGUUUAGUGAUGCACAUGGAGAACUGAGCCAAAAGGAUAACCCCCAGAAAGGGAACUUCGAAAAUCAUCCAGAUUUACAGAGCGAAAUGCCCUACGAUGAGUGUGCCCUAACGAACGGUUUCUUCGACACAAUAGAAAAUAUAAACACCAAGGUGGUGGAGAAAUACAAAAACUUAAAAGGAGUUUCCGAAAGUCUAAUAGGAGUUGUUACGAAGUCUGAUUUCGAGCAUAGAAUAGAUGAAUUGCUCCAACUCAGCGAUAAAAACUCUUUACUCAUUGAGGAGUUCCGCAAGCAGAGCGAGGAGUGCAUUCGCCGAUGCCGCAAGUUUGAGACAUCGUCUGAGCAGCUCGUCGGAGAAUGCAUCGAGACUCUGGCAAAUAGCAGUAUCUGCUACGCAGAGUGGGUAUGUCUGCACGCGCGCAAGGUGGACCCGUUGGAGGUGGUGCUCUCAGACGUGCAGGAGUUCGUCCGCGCAAAUGAAUAG